AUGAAACCUGGGGAGCGUAGUUGGGAUGAGGAUUUGACGCAUGACAUGUUUGUGCAGAGAGAUUGGAGGCUUAUCAAGAACAUACCUUUGCAGCUACGAACCAAACAUGUUGAUGUUAGUCCUAUGUGUCCCGUCUGCCAUGACGAAGAAGAAUCAAUCCUACACGCUCUUGUUACCUGUCGUGUGAUUAAAAACUACUGGAAUAGGGCCGGAAUAACCACGGUAGUACGAGUUGGGCAAUCGUUCUUCGACUGGUGUGUGGUGGUUUUCCACAAAGCUUCCACUGAUCUAAUGUGCAUAAUUGCUGCAACUUGUUGGGCCAUAUGGGGUGCAAAAAAUGACUUAGUUUGGAAGGGGAACGAGGUAAAGGAAGAUAACAUUGUUGUGUUUGCUAAUCGUUACCUUGAACAAUGGAGAAGUGCUCAAAGUUCCAAGGUGGAAUCAUCAUGGCCUUUCUUACGGGCUGAAGAUGUACCUAAGCAUUGGACUGUACCGUGUGGUAAUACUAUCAAGGUCAAUGUAGAUGCAACGUUGUUUAAUAAUAUAGAAAGCUAUGGUUUGGGCAUGGUUACAUGUGAUGCCUCGGGUUUACUAAUACAGGGUCGAACUAAACUCCUUUCUGGUAUGGUGGAACUGAUUGUGGCCGAAGCAAUUGGUGUUCGAGAAGUGCUUAGUUGGAUUAAAGACAGUGGUUGGAGCAAUGUACAUGUCGAAACCGACUGCUUGAGCGUGGUGCAAGCGAUUCAAGGCUCGUUAAGUAUGAUUUCCUUGUUUGGUCUAGUCAUUCAAGAUUGUAAGAAUUUGCUUGCUAGUUUGUAUAAUGUUUAUAUUUCCUUUGUUAAGCGAUCAGCUAAUGUAGUGGUCCAUUGA